AUGCGAUGCGCGAGCAAGGCCGCCGAGAGCGCGUCACGUCUCUGUGCGGACGCCGAAGCAGAAACCACAGCAACUGAUGUCUCAUCGGUUGCUGAAGCGACUCAGCCUGUGUCACUUGGUGAUACAGGCGCUGGUCAUGAAGAUACUCAUGUCUUCACAGAGUAUGAGCUCGGUGUCUCGUACUCUCCUGAUACGGAAGACGGAUCCGUAUCGACGGCGAUCGAAUCCAAGCCGCCUGCCAAGCGUGGCAUGGAUGAUGCUAUGCGUCGUAGCAUCUUUGGUUCAUCUGAUUCAUCAGAUGAACCAUCGCUGAAGCGAAGGCGCUCGAGGUCGCGAGACUCGGGCGCUCAGAGUCGUGUCGGUUAUCCUAUGGACACCACUUCGCAACGAGGUGCCAGUACUUCUGUCGGCACACUUGCGUCUCGCUCCAGAAAAGAAGGCAUGGAUGCCUCCGAAAUCCGUCAUGGAUCGCUUGUCGGCGACUGCAAGUGA